CUUCAAUCCUCUUGCAGCACAGGUAGGUAGGUCUACACAGUAGAGCUCCUUCCAGCUCCUUCCUUCGCAUUGGCGACUGCCGCGAGCGGUCGGUGGCUCCACACUCUCUGUCUCCACCAUCGUGCGCUGAAUAUUCCACUGAUUGAAACGUCCUGAACGCGGAAUGUUGGUCCGCGUGCAAAUCACCGUCAGCCUACGGUAAUCGAAUCCACAUGGCCGAGCCCAACUCGCCGCACUACGUCGACAUGGACUUCACGCCGUCGAUCGCGGAUGCGCUGAUCCGCGACAAACUUCCGUCGUUUAAGUGAACAUUCCCGUGCCCGUCCGGUACUGCAGGUGCGAUGGAUGUUGAUGGAAAAGAUGCGUGGGACGAAGCUGGAUGCGGCAAUGGGAAGCAGCCAACGAAGAUGAGCGAGCUUCCAUCGCCGCCAAGUCGAGACAAUCCAUGCUGAUUUGCAGAGCCACCACUUCGAUCGCAUUAGAGGCUGGGUGUUUGACCCUGCGGACAACUCGACGCCAGUGAUUGGGCCGUUCUUCGAUGGGGGCGGGCUCUAUUCAACUCGGAGCGCGAGUCGCUGCAAUUUAAAUUCGACAGCCAGAUCCACAAGGCCGUGUUGAAUCCAGCUUUAGAACCGGUGCGGGAACUCAUCCCCGAAGCCACCGCGGCCGUCGCAGCCUACUUGCGGUCAAUGUCGACGUGUCCGGUGGUGCUCUUCCAUGGCGACUUUGCGUUUCGCAACAUGCUUGUGGACAACGGAGAAGUUGUGGGCAUUUUGGACUGGGAAUGGUGCGGCACCAUGCCACUGUGGAAGGAAUGGGGCGACGUCUCGUUCGGAGACCGCCACGUGUACGAGUACGUGCCGUCGUUUAAGUACAGUACUCCAAUUCAACACGUGGCAGCACUUGGUGAACAUGCUGGAAGCGUUUUCCCGUGGCAAAUGGGAUGCUGGCUCAAAAAAGGUGCUCAGUAUACAAACGAGGCUGAGCAAUCGUUACGAGACUGCUGCUGUCCACGACGUCGACGGUACACCCCAUCCCUGAAGAAAGGGGCAAGAAGGGCAGCUCCUCAGUGACGACAGCUCAUGCAUGCUCUGCAGCAUGUGCGUGAUUUCAGCGGAUCUAUCUGUCAUGUCGUUGGGGCGUUCGUUGGCAUUCUUUAGAGGGUGCCUGAUGUGAGAAAGUGGGUUCAUUGUCACAUCAAUCCCUAGUAUGCGUUGAAAUUGCAUUUAUUUGACAUAAAAAAGUGUC